AAGCUAUUAUGAUGAACGUUGCUGAUGCGCAGCCCACAAUCAUCGAAGGUCGUAGGUUAUGUUCGCCCUCUCUUCUUUGUUAGCAUCCAUCUGAGUUUGGACAAGACAGAGUGACAAACUGAUAAUCAUAUCAAGGGUUUUAACAUCAGGGAAUGCAUGUGAUUGUUUCUAUUAUGCAGAAAAGCAUAAUUACAUGGAUGUGAUAAGCAAAAGCAUGAAUAAUUUGAGCUUUACAUCUAGUAGUGAGCUCAGAUUCUCCUUUUCAUCUGAAGAACGUGUUCUUGAUGAUGAGGAUUUGUUAGCAUUAAUCUUUUUGCGUGUUCCUUGGAAGAAACUCAUGACCUUGAAGUGUGUUUCGAAACAAUGGCUCUGUUUCAUUACCAGUUCCCGGUUUCGAAAGUUACUCCCUCCUCUCCGUGCCUCUGGUCUCUACAUUCACCGCCUCUUUAAACUAGGCCGUCCUGAUAGACUAUACUUGAUUGGUCUAGACAAUCCUCAAACCAAUCGUAGAAUCUUCACUUCUCCUCACCACUCUUUUGUGCCACCCAAAUUUCGUAUUCUGCAUUCCUGCAAUGGCCUUUUAUUGUGCGCUCAUAACACCAAUUUCCGCUACAAUUAUUACAGAAACUGUUGUGUAUGGAACCCCUCUACCAAACAGUUAGAUAACAUUUCACAGCAUCCCCCUGGCACACGGGUUAGUCAUAUUGGCUUAGCUUUUAAUCCUCUAAAGUCGCUUCACUACAAAGUAAUCGCCUUUGUGUCUGAACAUGGAUUCAAGAAUGUUGGUUUCAUUUAUAUUUACUCCUCUGUAACAAGUACUUGGAGGUUCUCUGUACAAUCUUUUAAUCCAGCUCCACAUUUGAACUUCACCGAUGGUGUCUACUGGAAUGGGCGUGUGCAUUGGUUGAGUGAAUUACAGGAUGUAAAUUCAGUACCAAAAUCCGAUGCUUCUGAGUGUUUGUGCUUUAAUGUGGAUGAAGAGAGGUUUGAAACAUUUCCAAGGCCUCCUAUUGCUGUGAAGGCGACUCCAAGAAAGUGUUUGUAUUUUGGGGAGUCGGAAGGCCAUUUGCAUGUUAUUGAGGUUUUUCCUUCAACCACUUCACUCAAAGUGUAUGAGAUGAAGAGUGAUUACUCAGGGUGGUUUGUCAAGUACAAGAUUCCUCUUGCUCCAAUUUCUGAAGUUUUCCCCGAGACGACUCAACAUAAGACUUGUUUGCCUGGUAAAAAUAAUUUUGCAGUCACUGUGCAUUCGCUUAUCAGAAGAGAGAGUUUCCAGGAGGAUCCGUUACUGGUAUUGGAAAUACCUGGUAAGCUCAUACGUUACAAUAUCGUGGACAGAAGCACCAAAGUCAUAUUGGACUUUGGUGCAGAUUUUGAUAGAAAAAAAAUUGAUUACUGGGAGUUUGGAAUGUUAAAAGUUUCACAGCACAUUGCAUCGCUAUAAUGUGUGUAGUUACAGCAGUAUUGCUGGUCUUGGCGAAAGAAGUUUGGCCUGAUUAAUUCAGCACUUUCUAGUUGUUAUGCAAGAGUACAUUGUUUUUUAUAUUAUCUAUUCAAUAUUUAGUAUGAACAAUUUGUUUUUC